AUGACCGAACGAGAUGUUGUCUCCUCUAAUGCCACAUUAAACGCCUUUUUCGGCGGGUCUCGACAAAAAUCUUGGAUGCUUGCGGGAGGGGCACCAGUUCGACCGACUCCACGACGCCCUAGCAUUACCAAACCAUCCGAUCAGAGCAAUUCUAACACUCAAAGAGGUUCGACCGCAAAUCUACUAUCGCCAGUAACAAGUAACAAAUCAUCAAGUCCCGGCUCGCCGCAUAAUUCUGUGCCUCUUAAUACACACACCGCCGCAGUUUCCGGAUCGCAUGGUCCUCUGAGAGUGAAUGCUACACUCGCAACUAGUCAAGCCCUUCAAAAAGCAUGUACUACACCUUCAAACAUCGAUAUAGCCCAGCCUCAAACACUCCCUGAUGCAUCAAGAGGUGAAAUCGACGAAGCUCGCACAGUGGAAAUAUCUGCAAGGUCUCCUCCGUCGGGAACAUCACCUCAACCACAGACCGCAGUGAGCACCACCUCGAUUAGACAAACAACCCAUGAUAUACCAUCUAGACCCUCUCCAGAUCAAAACAUAAGCAACCCGGUGCCUUCUGUUACAACAGGGGACUCGGCGACAGUAGCUAUGAUGCCGGGCAAUGUGGAUCAAACAUCAUUGUCUUAUGCGCAACAUCUCCCACGACGGGGUUUUCAACCUACUAUGCCUUCCUUGAAAUCUUGCGUUGAAUUGGUAAAACAAUAUGUUGAACAUUGUGGGGGUAUGGCCAACUUGAAUUCCGCGCUCGAAAAGCCAAGGUUCAGUUUAAUGGAAACUGCUUGCAAUUCUUAUGACGCUCAUUAUGUUGCAAUACAUCAGCUCUUUUGUGUAUGGGAUACAAACCGUAAAGAUGUCACAAGUAUCCCUGGGCUUCCAGACUCAGUGACCUUGUCUCAUGCAUUUCGGAUCUUAGGUCAGCUGAUACGAGAUAAUGAGGGAUUGUUGUCACCUACUCUGCAAAACAUUGUAUUCACCGCUACAAGGCGAAACCUUAAUAUCGUGGAUGACGAAUUCGGUAACCAGAUGGAGAGAGUGUUCGAGCAAGAUAGAACUGGACACAGAGAACUUGCAGCUCGGUAUAAUACUUCACGUCCACCGACUGAAAAGGAGAUUAAAGAAAGAACUAAAAUCAUAUGUGAGAGAUACAAGAUGAUAUCACAGAAAUCACGCCAGAAGAAACUUGCAAAUAUCGCACCGGUACCUUCAACAACUGCACCUACACUUCCCUCGAAUACAGGUCAAAUCCCAGUGGCUGCAAACGGGUUGUGCCCUCCCCCGAAUGGUUCUACUUUGGUUUCUAACCCAAAUACGUUUCGUCAGCGAAAUGAUGUUCGAAAUCGUCAAAUCAGUCAAAACUUAGGCCAAAUACGUACAUCUUUUACGGGACCUCCAUUGUCUUCAAAUAUGAUAAGUGCUGGCGUGAAUCAUCCAAAUAAUACACCACGCACAGCUGCAGAUACACCUAGUCCGAUUCCUAUGCAAGGUUUGUCCAUGGGAUCGCCAAUGCAACAAGCUUUCCGAUUCUCUUCACCUGUCUUGCAAAGUAAUGGUCCUCAAUUUUCACCGUCGGUGAUGCAUAACAACGGCACUCAAUCAUCAAUUAUUGCACAGAAUCAGGGAGUUCAAGGACAAUACAGUUACGAUUCAAUAUACGAUCCUAGACAACAGACAUAUCAUCCACAACAACAUCUGCAACAGUUUGGUCAACAAGGACAGUACGGUGCAAACAAUCCUCAACAGAUGAGUUUGCAUCAAUUUCAACAAGCUCAAAUGCAGCAAUUGCAGCUUCAGCAACAGCAGGAAUGGCUACAGCGUUCCAUGCCCGCUGAACUGCAACCCAACAAUCAGCAUCAGGCGUCUCAGCAACAGCAAGCUUUAUCAGUGCAGCGUCAAGUUGGUCUGAGAAGAGAUAGCAAUCCUCCCAAUGGUCAACAGCAGCAAUUUCCGUCAAGAAAUGUUAGCAGAAAUGGCAGCAGAAACAAUAGCGUUUCUAGCGAGCGUACACUUCCAUCGAUGAAUAGUUCUAUCCAUGCGCAGAAUCUCAAUCAAGGAAUUCAGAUACCUCCAUGUCCAAGACCGAUGAGUAUUGAGGAGCAGCAGCGCCGGAUUUAUGGCAUGACUGACCCCAUGAAAAGACCUUUGAUUCCACCCCAUGGUUUUAUGCAUCCUCAAGGGAUUCCGGAUCCAUAUUUAAAUGCUCUUCAUCAAGCUGAUGUUCGAAGCCCUCGCCUGGUUACUGUUAAUGUUCCCCAGGGUGAUGAUACAGCUCGCAGAUUCUAUCAAUUUGUGAAGAAUUUCCCAAUGGCUCCAAGAAAGAUACCCUUCGAACUUGCACUCAACAAGUUCGAGUUUCACAUCCCCACUGAUACAAUAAAUCAUAUUUCUCGCGAUAGAUUAAUCGGCAAAGAUCCCUUAGUGGUCCGUGAAGUUGGAUCUAAAUCUCUGCAAUACCGAUUAAGAUGUUUGUCGGAUGUCGCAGGUACAGACGCAUUUCCCGUUUCGAGGUGGGUUGUUUCAGAAACGGUGUGGCCUGACGUAAUAUUUAUGGAUAUCAACGGCAAAGAAUUGGAGGUUAGACGCAAACAACAUCAUGGUAAAGAUCUUCCAGUCGAUGUUACACCUUAUAUACAUACUGGAAUCAACGUGAUUACGAUCUCAAUGCCGAAGUUGACUACGGCAAUCAAACAAAAAGAAUACUUUAUUGCUGUGGAAGAGAUUGAGAUUUUACAACACGGUGAAAUUAUGGACAUUUGCAAGGAGCAAAGAAUUCCUGCAGCUACGGUUGUGGAAGAGAUCAAGAAGAAGCUUGCAGUUCCGACUGAAGACGAUGAUGAACUCCUAAUAGUGGCUAGCGAUCUCUCCAUUAGUCUGACGGAUCCUUUCACCUCGAGGAUCUUCGAAAUUCCUGUUCGUGGUAAAAAUUGCCUGCAUCGGGAAUGCUUUGAUCUAGCGACUUUCUUGUUGACACGGAUAAGCAAACCAAAACGACCUGAGCAACCUUCCAUGAUUGACGUCUGGAAGUGCCCGCUUUGCUCGGCAGAUGCACGUCCAUAUAGCCUUCUGCUCGAUGAAUUCAUGGCUUCCAUCAGAGACGAACUACAGGCACAAGAUAAUCUUGAAGUUAAAUCAAUCCUGGUCGCGGCAGAUGGUACCUGGCGCGCAAAGCCAGAGCCGCAACCUUCAAACAAACGAAAGUCAACUACUGGUGGAGAUGACGAUGACGACGAAUCCAUAGACGGAAAUAGGCCAAGUAAGAAAUCAACAAAUGGCGUCAAUAAAGCGGUGGUCGAAAUUAUUGAAUUGGACGAUGAUUGA